AAUAUAAUCUGAAUUUAUAUAAAUAAGCAAACUUAAGCUUUGGUUCAUAAGUUUAUAUCAUCACGUCUUAUACUCAGUUGUUACUCUGUCUAUUCGAUUGACAUAGUUUCAAAUAUUUUUCUUUGGACUAAAAUUAAUAAACGAUAAAAUGGCUAUAAACACAUGCUUCAUAUUAAUAUCGCUAUUUUGUGUGUUUACGAUGGGAAACUGCCGAUUCGUUCUAUACGACUCGGAAAACGCUGAUACAAACUUUGACAUUGGAACACAAUUUGCCAAUAUUAAAAAGAUGUUGGCCGAUUUCUUUUCCAGACUAAAUGUCUUAGAACGCCAAAGUAAAGGGAACAUGACGUCAGAUAUGCCAAGAGAUGUGAAGUGUUCAGACGGCUGGAUCACAUUUAAAGAUUCGUGUUAUUUCUUUGACACUAAAAACCUCGAUUAUCAAUCAGCUGAGGAGGAAUGUGGCAAAUGGGAGGCCCAUGUAGUACGUUUAGAGACACAAGAAGAAAAUACAUUUCUAAAAUCAAUCAUGACCAAUCAUUUCAAAGACAACCGUUAUUGGAUUGGAAUGACAGACAUAGAAACAGAAGGAUUGUGGAAGAUAUCAGGUACAAAUGAAAUUGUACCAUUCACAGACUGGAAAGGCACUGAACCCCAAAACAACGGAGGAAAUGAAGAUUGUGCUAUAUUAACUUGCGCCCUUGCCUACAGUUGGGCUGAUGUGCAAUGUUCCUUGAAAUAUAGGGUGGUUUGUGAGAAAGAUAGCAGGAGUAUUAAAUAGAUAGACGAAAUGAUUUUAGAAAAAAAUGUUGAUGCUUUUGUUUUAUUCACUUUUUAGAUUAAUGUAUUUUUAACAUCAACAUGCUUAGAGCUUUGAAUAUUUUUCUUUAAAUCGACAAUGUA